AUGUCGGUUCUUGAACUCAAAUGCCUCAAAGCUUCUUUGGAGAUCUUUAGAAAGGCUAAGGAAGACACAUGGGCCCACCUGAUGAAAACUGAUGCCGUCACAUCAAAGAUCAGAACGACAAUCGAGGGGGGGAUGAUCUUGAGGGUUGGAAGAGGUAACUUUAUCCUUUUCUGGCACGAUAAAUGGUGCGAUCUGGGCCCACUUAAAGGAGCUUUCCCUAGGCUAUUUUCCACAUCCACACAGAAGAACAUGUUCAUAGCACAAAUGGGGUCUUGGCACGAAGGAUCAUGGGCGUGGAACCUAAGAUGGCGGAGAGGCUUGUAUGACUGGGAACUUGAGGAUAUAGCAAGGCUAGCACAAAUCAUCCAGCACAAACAGCCCACAAACGACUCUGAUGCACUCAUCUGGAGGGGGUCAGGUAACUCAUCCUUUCAUGUAAAGAGCAUCUCUGAUAAAAUCCACGAAUCGUCGGCCCCACUCAUCCCCAAACAAUCUGUUGUAUCAAUAUGGCAAAGUUAUACCCCUCCCAGAGCACAGCUGACGGUCUGGUUGGCACACCUGGAAAAGCUAAAAACCAGUGCUAUCUUAUUAGAGAAAGGUAUAAUCGACCCCCAGCAGGCACUUUGCCCCUUUUGCAAUCUUGAAAUUGAAACUAAUUCCCACGUGCUGUUCACCUGUUCAUUCUCUUGGAGUAUCUGGAUGGAAGUAUUAAAUUGGUGGGGUAUCUCGGGUGUCCUACAUAAGGACUGCGAGAAAUUCUGUGUUGAAUGGAAUGGCCUAAUGAAAGGCCGAAAAUGGGAUAAACUCUAG